AUGUUGUCCCGCUUCACUCGAAUGAGUUCCUUGGGUGCUCACCUAAUCUCAGGGUGUACGGCUCUCAGGGAGCCCACAACCGCUCCUAAGCCUGUCACCCCUCAAGUUGAAUCUUCCGGUCGAUCUGGAUCCUUUAUAGCUGCAAAAGAAAACAGUUAUGGUUGUUCCCCGGAUCCAUUCUUAUGGCACGAUCACGAGAACUUUCUCGCAGAACUGUUAGAAUUGGAUCAUUGGAAGAAUGAUCUAUCCCCACCAACAUCAAGAUCAUCACCAGAACGCCAAAAUUUUACGACUGAUGACAGUGCAGAAUGGAGUAGCAUUCUUCAUAGCAUGGAAUGGAUCGAUAAAUUCGAAGCCUUAGACAUUCCGAAAAUUGAUUCUGAUUACUCAUCGGAUUAUCCUGAAUCCACAUCACUAGAUGAUGCGUGUGAUUUCCUUGAAAAAAGUGCUUCAUUAAUCGACUGGAAGGCUUGGAAUAGUUAUCUUGGUGUGGACGACGAUUUGGAUUUGGAUGUGAAAACUGAUGACGAACUUGCAGCAGAGGAACAGUCUCCGAAAGAAAAAGCCCUUGAAGAAUCAUUCAGUAAAGUUGAGGUUAAGGACGAAAAUGGUCCUUCACCUCCGUUUGAGCCCAAGCCGCAGUGUGUUGAGCCAGUGGCGGGUAACGUUGCCUUUAAUAAUAAGCUGAGUGAAAUCGAAAAAGCCAUUGUUCGGUCGUCAGGUCCUCUUACGUGGUUACCCUGUGUUAAGCAAGAGGACCAGUAUUCUGAUGUGUCAUCCCGCUCCUCCACGUCCCCCGUAGAUAUUGCCAAUCAAAUUAGAACAGUGAAACGUCGUGGAGUGAAAAUGAAACCCCCUAGUGAUGAUGAAACUAACCAUCGCCGUUGGCUGAACCGCGAGGCUGCGUUCCGCUAUCGAGAGAGAAAGCGAUUGGAGCAACUUGAAAGAAAAAAAGAACUUGAAGAUCUUGUCAAUCGUAACAUCUUUCUGAAGAAAAAGGUACGAGAGCUUUCUCGAGAGGUCGCUUCGUGGCAACAAAAACUUGGCAGUACGAAUAUUUGA